AUGAAGAAAAUAGAGAGAAGGAAUAACAUAAACAAAACUAUAAAUUCAGACGACAAGAAAAUUAUUAUAAAUUAUAUGAAAGAAUGGAAUAAACGCGGAAAAAAUCCUAAAAAUCCUUUCGUACAGUUAAGCAAACAAUUAAAGAAUCGUUAUGAACCAAAAGCAAUUUGUAAUUAUUGGUGGAAUAUGCUUGAUCCACAUCUUGACCACGAACCUUUCACUCGUGACGAGAAAGAAUACAUUUAUAAAUGGGUUGAAAACCAUCAAAAAUCAAAUGGUGGCAACAUACAAUGGAAAUUUUUACAACCUGAAAUAGAAAAAGAAUUUGGAAAAUUUCGCUCAUUAAAUGGACUUAAAAAUAUAUGGAAUGUAAAAAAAAGACAACUUGAACGAACAAUUAAAGAUGAAGAAUCAAAAAAUUGA